AUGGGGAAAGAUGGAGUCGUGGAAGAUUGGGAUAUGGCUGAGAAGUUGUGGGAAUAUUCAUUCGCGUCAAGGUUAACGCACACGAAACCGGGCAAUCCAAUGCUCAAUGGUUUAAAUGACCCAUCAGCAGACUUGUCAACUGAGAUGGAGAUUGUGGAGUCAGAAGAAAAGCCCCUGUCGGACACCCCGUUGCUUAUGACUGAAUCCGGCUGGAAUCCUACAAAAGCCCGAGAGAAGACGAUUGAAAUCGCCAUGGAAAGCUGGGGAACGCCAGCUUACUAUCUUUCCAGGACAGGGCCAAUGGCUGCUUUUGCAGCCGGCAAGGCAUCCGCUUUAGUUAUCGAUGUUGGAGCAUCGAUGGUUUCUGUCACUCCAGUUCACGACGGUCUAAUUUUAAAACGCGGCGUACAACAUUCUCACCUUGCCGGAGACUACAUCUCUUCCCAGAUCCGUGGUCUUUUCAAACAAAAUACUCCCCAACCAAUCACCGUAACACCCCACUACCUCAUCUCUUCCAAAACCGCCGUCGAUGCUGGCCAGCCAGCGCAAGCAACGUACCGCAAUAUCCCAAGCGACCAGGCCCCCGAUGCGUCAUUCCGCCACCUGUUAGAAAAACCGCACCAUUUCCGAAUUCAAAGAAUGCGUCGUGCAAGUUUGGCCCGGUCCCCACGCUUUAUCCAGUGUCAACCCAGCCGGCGUGCCCAACGAGGAUAUUGCAAGAAACAGCCCAGGCCGACCCUUUGA